GACACCGCGCACACACCUGAGCCCGCCCAUCCGGACAACCCAACUCACAGCAGCGAACACACUCCGUGAACUUCCAUCAGUUGCUCCCUGAGCGGCAGCGGAGCGUCGCGAGUUGUUAACGGGACGGAGGAAGCAGGGACCGCGGCAGAUGACACCAUGAAGCUCCCUCUGCUCCUGAUGAUGAUGCUGAUAAAGACCUGUGGCAGCAGAACAAUGACAGAGACGUUCUCUGACAGAGGAACCAGAAUCAGACGCUACGCCAUCAACCCACUGGGAAACAAGUGGGGUCAUCACAACAUCACAUACAGGAUCAUCAAGUUCCCCAACACUCUGAACAAGGAGGACACCCGGAAGGCCAUCAGCAUCGCCUUCACAAAGUGGAGCGACGUGUCUCCGCUGACCUUCACUGAGGUUACAGAAGGCAACGCCACUGCUGACAUCACCAUCGGUUUCUACACCUUUAACCACACCGAUUGCUGGUGGUCUCCUCUUCACCCCUGCUUUGAUGGCCUGAAUGGAGAGUUGGCACACGCCUUCCUGCCGCCACGAGGAGAGAUCCAUUUUGACAACCAUGAGUUCUGGAUCCUUGGGAAGUCCAGGUUCAGCUGGAAACAAGGAGUCUGGCUGAAUGACCUGGUCCAGGUGGCUGCUCAUGAGAUUGGUCACGCUUUGGGUCUGUGGCACUCCAGGGACCCAGAGGCUCUGAUGCAUCCCAACGCCACGUACACCGGACAGAGAAACAUUGCUCAGGAUGAUGUGUGGGGGAUCCAAAGACUCUAUGGAUGCCGGGACAAGAAGAGAGUCUGUGAUCCAUGGGCUCGACUUGGAUUCUGCGAAAGGAGAAGGACCUUCAUGAGGAAGAACUGCCCUCAGCGCUGUGAUCUCUGCUAUGAGCCCCUGGAUGUGGUCACCACACCGACGUCGCCUCCAGCAAAUCUAAAGAUCAAGAUGGUUCCUCGAGGGAAGGUUGUUGGUUUCCGUUGUGGGACCAAAACCCACCGCUCACCCCCCAAAGUCAGUUGGUACAAAGACGGAGAGCAGAUCUUAACCUCCAUCCCUGGUUACAUCGUAAUGAAGGACAGAGACCUCCGCAUCGUCGCAAAUGAGUUCAACGAGGGCGUCUACACCUGCCGGAUCCACCGACGCGGCGACAUCGUAUCGGCUAAUUCUUGGGCCAUUCGACUGAAACCAGAGCAGCCAUCAAACAGCUGAGGACAUCUGGAUGGAUGGACACAGGGACAGGAGACGCUAAGGGAAGGGGGACCCUUGUUUUGGGAUAUAGUAACCCCGAAGAACAGUCCAUCAGUAUUUAGUGUUGGAUAAUCGGGAGCUUCUCACGAAACAUGAAUUGCAUAAUGUGAUUUGCUGGCAGCCAGCCGGAUGUCACUGUCCGGAGUCAACUGUCUGAUGGGGAAACAAGGAUCUAGAAUCUUACAGAUGCUCUGGGAGGUGGAUCAGAACUUAUCUCACCUCCUCAGAAUUUGUACUAAAGUCAGGGACAUCAAGAAAUUUCACAAAGUUCUGUGAGAGUCAGCUUCAUCUCAGGGAAACUAUAAACACAAGUCAGUUGUCUAACUGAUGUUUCCUUUGCUCUGCUAGUGAUUCACCAUCUCAUUUAGGCUGAACAUCCUGCCCUCUAUGACUUACAUAACUGAUCGAAACAUAACAAGACCACAGCAGAUUUGGAAAACCUUCACCAUGAAAUCAUCAGUUCUGUGCUCCGCUCCCAGGCACCCUAAUUGGUCAUCUAUUAGACGUCUUUGUGACCUUGGCAUUAUCUGUCGACUUAAUUUUAUGUCUGGGAUUUUUUGUGUCUCCAUCAUCAAUUUCAGUUUUGCUAUGGAAAAGAAAACAAUAAGUUUUAUCGUACCUGACUAAGAUUUCUCUUUAGUUGAUGAUAGUAAAUAAUCCAACCUAUGUCAUCUGCGCAACUUUGGUCUUCCGAGCCAAGCUGUUUGUUUCUGCAGAGAAGAACGUACAAAAUAGAAGACAUUGAGUUAUUAUUCACGAGUCGUUUUCCACAAUGGCGGUCAAACAAACAAAACAAGCCGGUAAGGUACCAAACAGGAAAAAAGCAUAGUGUAAAGCAGAUGUAGAUGUGACCAAUUAUAGGCCUCCUGUCUUCGGCACUGUCUGCGGUCACCUACAAUUUUGGAGAGGUGCAGCAGAGUGUCUGCAGAAGGGGGGGGCCCAUUUGCAUUAACUGCGACACACACGCAGACCACCUGGAUUCUGAGUAUAAAUCAGUCUUAAGGACAACCUAGAGAUGCCAAUUAACCUAACAGUCAAGGUUUUGAACUGUGGAGGAGUACCCAGAGAGAACCCACACAUGCACAAAGAGAACUGUAAUAAGAGGCAUCGUUUGUGAUGAAUCCCACCACUGCUGUGUCGUCUGCAAACUUCAUUAUAUGAUAUUUUUACCAUAUCAUA